AUGGCAGAUGAUGACAUCAACCGCCAAAUACAGGGUGCUGCCAGAGCACUUCGAGACUAUGCAGUACCUACUAUUAUGGGUUCUGCGAUCAGAAGGCCCACUAUUCCAGCUAAUAACUUUGAACUGAAGCCAGCACUCAUCCAGAUGGUUCAAUCAAAUCAGUUUGGAGGAUAUCCCAACGAGAGUCCUGAUGAGCAUAUUGCAGGAUUCCUCCAAUACUGUAACACGGUAAAGAUGAAUAAUGUCACUGAUGAUGUUAUUAGAUUACAGCUUUUUCCUUUCUCGCUUAGGGAUAAAGCGAGAGCCUGGACUGCAAGAUUGAGGAACGAAAUCACUAACUUCACCAAGUUCAAUGGUGAAUCACUUUAUGAGGCAUGGGAGAGAUUCAAGGAGGCAAUCAGAAAGUGCCCACAUCACGGAUUGCCAGAUAAUCUCCUAAUUGAGGUCUUCUAUCUUAGCCUGGAUGAUACAUUGAGGUCUCUAGUAGAUGCUGCAGCAGGAGGCGCACUGAUGGGUAAGAAUUAUGAUGAAGCAAGUGCUUUGAUAGAAGAGAUGGCCUCCAGUGCACAUAAUUGGCAGAAUGAAAGAAGUAAAUCAAGAGUGGCAUCAGUCAAUGACAUGGACACUAUUGCUAAUUUGACAACCCAGAUUUCAGCUCUCACUACCCAGGUUGCUUUUUGUGAGUUGUGUUCAGGACCACAUUCGACUCUUGAAUGCAUGUCUGGAAAUCCCUCGGCUUCACCCAAUGGAGAGCAAGUGAACUUUGUCAACAACUUCCAACGGAGUAAUCAAGGGCCUUAUUCGAACACUUACAAUCCCGGGUGGCGUAAUCAUCCUAAUUUCUCAUGGAGGAGGAAUGAGAAUAAUGCACUUAAACCGCCACCUGGAUUCCAAAAGCAAGGCCCUGCUCAGAAUGCUCCACCUCAGCAAAAUCAACAAGCCACUAUUCGAAACCUAGAGGGUCAGAUUAGUCAGAUUUCUCAGCAAUUGAGUAAUAGACCAUCAGGGUCUUUACCCAGCAACACUGAAGAGAACCCCAAGGGUGUCAAUGCUAUAAUGCUGAGGAGUGGCAAGGAAUUGGAAAUAGUCAAUAGAAAAGCUCAAACUCAGGAGGAGAGUCCGGAGAAAGACAAAGGUAAGCAAAAGGUGGAGGAACCAAGGCAGAAGUCACUAGGGGUGAAACCGUAUGUUCCUCCUGUCCCUUUUCCAGGAAGAUUGAAGCAACAACAGUUGGACGCCCAAUUUGCUAAAUUCCUAGAUGUUUUUAAAAAGCUGCAAAUCAACAUUCCAUUUGCAGAAGCACUCCAGCAGAUGCCUUCAUAUGCUAGAUUCAUGAAGGAUCUGCUCACUAAAAAGAGGAAGUUUGAUGGGAGUGAGCCUGUGAUGCUUACAGGAGAGUGUUCUAUGAUUCUCCAAAAGGACUUGCCUAACUUACCACGCAAACAAAGAGAUCAGGGGAGUUUCACUGUUCCUUGUACUAUAGGGAAUUUUCAUUUUGAGAACGUUCUUAUUGAUUCAGGUGCAAGUAUAAAUUUAAUGCCUCUGUCUAUUUUCAGGAAACUUGGACUUGGAGAAUGCAAGAAAACUCAUAUUACCUUGCAACUUGCUGACAGGAGUAUCAAAUAUCCAAAGGGUAUUGUUGAGAAUGUCCUGGUGAAGGUAAAGCAUUAA